CUUGUCGCAAUGGUGUCGGGGGCUGUGGCCCGUGAAAACCCAUAGGCCGGUCGGCUGUUAUCCACUGACAGCUGCUGACUGGCAGCUGGCCGACAGCUGACAGCCUUUCCUCCCCAAUGACGUGCCCCACAAACGCUUGAGCUCGCGCCAAGACAUUUUUCUAAUGCACCGCCCGCAGCAAGCGACCAUAACAGUUGAUUCCCGAAGCUGCAACCUUCUAGUUCUUUCGCGGCCUGCUUCCUCACGUCACCUCUACCUUACCUCUACACUUGACUUCUACCUCAACUUCCGAUCGUUCCGUAGGUAAUUCCUACCUGAAUCAUAUCCAUCGCAAUGGAUGAGGAACCGGAGUACUUGACGUUCCCCGUCGACCGAACAUUUUUCGAUGACGAUCCUCGCAUCUCGUUCGAUCUCCAGACCAGAAAGCACAUCGCGGUCCAGGAAGAUGGCACCGAGUACGAGUUCGACGACGAGCAACGCCACUGGAUCCUGAUUACGGAUGAGGAGGCCAUGGUUGAGGAGGCCCUAAUCAGAGAGUACCAAAACUCAUAUAUUCUGCACGACGUUAACGACACCCACAGCGGCCUGCACGGCAAGAAGAGAAAGAACAACGCUUCGAAUGACCAAGAGGAAAGCAACGGACGUUCGAACAAACAAGCCCGGCGGCAGGGCAACCGGCCGCCGCCGCAGCCCAAGCAAAACACGGCCGUCUACGUCACAGGAAUCCCGCUCGAUGCUACCGUUGACGAGGUGGCAGAGCUGUUCUCACGAAAGUGCGGCGUAAUUGCCGAGGAAAUUGACAGCGGCCGAAAGAGGAUCAAGAUGUAUACGGACGAGAACGGCAAAUUUAAGGGCGACGCCCUCAUUGUUUUCUUCAAGCCCGAGUCGGUCCGCUUGGCCAUCGACCUCCUCGACGAUUCUUACUUUAGCAUGACGGACUUCUCAUCUGGUAAGAUUCGGGUCGAAGCUGCGGAGUCUAGUUACAAGAAGACAAAGUACGAGACCACAGGUGACGCUGCUGCUGAUGGCAACGCUCCUACCUCGAACACCACUGCUACGCCAGCGACGGGCGCCGCCAAGCGCAGCGGACAGGACAAAGCAAAAAUCAUCAGAAAGACACAGAAGCUCGACGCCAAACUCGCCGACUGGGACGAUGACGAGCCGCCGAAAUUGUUCCCUGGUGGCAAGGCCGUCGCCCCAAAAUGGGAGAAGGUUGUGAUUCUGCGUCACAUGUUCACUCUGCAAGAGCUGGAGGCCGACCCGGCCGCUCUGCUGGACAUCAAGGAGGACAUCCGCGAGGAGUGCGAGAAGCUCGGCGAGGUGACCAACGUCGUACUCUUCGACGAGGAGGAAGAAGGAAUCGUCAGCGUCCGUUUCAAGUCGCCCGAGGCCGCUCAACAGUGUGUCCACCGAAUGCAUGGCCGCGCCUUCGACGGCCGCACCGUCGAGGCCUUCUUCGCCACGGGUAAAGAGAAGUUUCGGAAGUCAACUGGUACGGGCCAGAACGACGACGACGAGCACGAUGAGUAA